UUUACUGUUGAUGCUCCUGAACGUCGAAGCAGAUAUGGACGUUGUGAUAUAUCUGACGGCCGCUGCCCUCCUCAUCGUCCUCAUCUUGUUUGCGGUGAAGCUGCGGAGGAAAACUCAGGAAGGUGAUGAGGAGCAGCAGAGGAAUGUGGUCCGGGCCGCAGGGCCUCCUCCACGAGCAGCAGAGGAGCGAGGAGCUGGAAUGCCCCGCAGAAGGAGGAUGGCUAACGUGAUGGCUAACAGGCGGCCGCAGAGGGACGCAGCCGAGCAAGAGGAGGAGCGUGUGCAGGAGGAACAGCAGCAGGAGGAGGAAGAGGAGGCAGAGCAGCAGAGCUUCCAGCCAGCUGCCAAGAUCGGAGCCAAGAAGCAGAAGAAGCUGGAGGAGAAGCAGGCCAAAAAGGCCCAGAGAGAGGCGGAGAUGGAGGAGCGGGAGGAGAGGAAGAGGAUGCAGGAGCUGAGAGAGCAGGAGAGGCGACAGGAAGAGGAGAAAGAGCGACGGCUGGAACAGAAACAGGAGGAGGAGGAGCGGCGAGCCAAGGAGGAGCAGGAGAAACGUGAGGAGGAGGAGUACCUGAGGCUCAAAGCCUCCUUUGUGGUGGAGGACCAGGGGGAGGAGGAGCAGCUAUCUGAGGAUCAGUCGCGCAACCUGCUGAAGGAAUUCAUCCAGUACAUCGAGAGCUCCAAGGUAGUCCUCCUGGAGGACCUGGCCUCGCACUUUGGGAUGAGGACGCAGGAUGCCAUCUCUAGACUGCAGGACCUGCUAGCUGAAGGCUCCCUCACAGGUGUGAUCGACGAUAGGGGGAAGUUCAUCUCCAUCACGCCACAGGAGCUGGACUCGGUGGCCGCGUUCAUCAGACGGAGGGGCAGGGUGUCCAUCACAGAGCUGGCUCAGGCCAGCAACUCCCUCAUCAACCUGACUCCUGAGAACCGCACUGCUGCCUGACCGUGUAGCAACUGGAGAAUCCCACCUAUUUAUAACCCCUCUCUUUUAAAGAGCACAUUUUCAUUGUUCUUCAAAUCCAGCAGUCCUUUCAGUUUAUGAUUUCGCACCAUUCUCCACCUCCCUGUUUUCUCAUGAUGUAGAAAAGAGCAGGUGUGGACUCUUCAGUUUCAUGAGCCUUUUAAUUAAGGACUCAUUUCUUCCCGUUGGACCGUGGAGAGCCGAGGACAGAUCACACGAUUAAAAAGUUUUGAUAAAUUUGGA